UUGACGCCAUUGGGAUUCAAUAGCACACGUACAAUUGGUAUACGCCAGCCGGUAUUGUGAUAUAUAGCCGAGGAACAGAGGAGAGAACGAUAGAUUUCAGCCAGUCAGUUGCUGGACGACUCUCGCCAUGGGCACCCGCAAGAUGAUGCAGAAGUUGAACCAGGCCUUGAGCCACUACGGAAAUUUCCACCCCUCUCCAUUGUCUCUGAAGAAACUGUUGGACUUUGGCCGGUCCAAGAAUGCGUGUGAGAAGAAGUCGUUCACGUUCCUGCGGCAGGAGCUGCCCGUCCGUCUGGCCAACAUCAUGAAGGAGAUCAACCUCCUGCCGGACACGCUGCUCAAGAUGCCGUCUGUCGAGCUGGUCCAAAGCUGGUACAUUCAGAGUCUGACAGAGAUUCUAGGCUUUGAGAAUAAGAGCCCAGAUAAUUCUGCAGUUAUAGAAAAUUUUACAGAGACGCUGUACAACAUCAGAAAACGACACAGCAAUGUUGUAGAGACGAUGGCUCAGGGAGUGAUCGAACUCAGGGACACACACGGCAUCGAUCAUCAGACAGACUCCAACAUACAGUACUUUCUAGACCGCUUCUACAUGAGCAGAAUAAGCAUCCGAAUGCUUAUACACCAACAUGUUCUUCUCUUCUCCCCUACACAAGAGACACACCCUCGCCAUGUGGGCAGUAUAGACCCCAACUGUGAUGUGGAGGCUGUUGUUCUCGAUGCCUAUGAGAAUGCCAAGUUUCUCUGUGAUCAGUACUACCUGGCCUCUCCAGAACUGGACUUGGUCUCUCAUAACGGUAUGAAGAAGUCGUCGCCCAUCACAGUUGUGUAUGUGCCGUCCCACCUGUACCACAUGCUGUUUGAGCUGUUUAAGAACGCCAUGCGGGCCAUAGUGGAGUACCACGGUACUGCAGCUCUAGACUACCCUAAGGUCAAAUGCCAGGUGUCUUUGGGAAAGGAGGAUCUCACCAUUAAGAUUUCUGACCAGGGUGGCGGCAUCCCCAAGUCAGCCAUGGAUGUCCUGUUUAACUACAUGUACUCCACAGCACCACAGCCUCCCAAGUCUGGGUCUACAACUGCACCUCUGGCUGGUUAUGGCUACGGACUGCCGCUGUCACGUCUGUAUGCCAAGUACUUCCAGGGGGACCUGCAGCUGGUGUCACAAGAGGGCUAUGGCACCGACGCCCUCAUCUGGCUGAAGGCGCUGUCUAGUGAAGCCAACGAGCUCCUCCCUGUGUUCAACACGACAUCAUCCCGUCACUACGGCAUGAACAUCCCGACAUCGGACUGGAGCUCGCCGUACACGCCACGCGGCUCCCAGAACAGCGUCAGGACCUUUCUCACCUUCAGAAUAUGAGCAGCAGCGUCUGGGACCUGACCUCAUGGUCUGUGCGAAAGUGCAAGCUGUCCAAGCUCCCUUACCGGUUACAGUGUGAUGUGUGUGGUUAGAAAGGACAAAUCAUCAAGAAGUGUGUGCACCUGAAAAACUGUGGCACCAGUGACAAAAGAAUUUGCACUCAAAAAGAAUUGGGAGCCACAGAAAAAAAAGAUGAAGAAAGUAUUGAUAUGAAAAAGACUUCUCAUCAAUUAUAACAACCUUUCUGCACAAUUCUUGGUCGAUAUCUACACAUGUAGUUGUGCAUCCUUUUCAGCUGAAUAGAUUCUACUCUCUGGCUAGCAGAAGUGGUAGGAUUUGUGAUGUUGUAGAUGUUUAUUGAAUGUUUACAGAGAGUGGUGACUACAAGCAUCAAAGAAAGCUUAUGAG